AUGUUUGUGUUAAAUUCUUCAGAAGGAGACAGGGAGGCUCUUGCGGGGUUUCAUGCGAGGUUUGAUCGUGGGCUGGACUGUUACAGGGGCACCCUGAAUUACCCGCCACUACCAAAAGGAAACCGCUGGAAGACACCUGAAAGCGCAGUGAACUGUCAGCUCCUCGCACAAGCAGACGGACAUUAUCCUUUACUUCGUAAGCGCAAGCCUCCCGCCUCUCCAGACACAAGCACCUUCGCCCGAGGCCCCCUAACGAAGUCCGAGGGAGCUGCCACGCGAUGCCCGGCCCCUGAGUCAGUCUCCCAUCUCUUCCUCGCCCCCAGCCUACUCGGGUACUCCGAGAUCCAAAUCCGGGCCAAACGCGUCCCCACCCCAGCUUCGCGCUUCGUCCGCUCGCAGCUGCAACAGGGGAGAGAAGGGCCGAGGAGCCAGGAAAACCGAAACAGCGAGGUAAAAAGUGCACGAACCCACCUAAGGCCUACGCAGUCUCCCGUAAGAACCAAAAGCAGGAAACGGAGCCAGGCACCGGAAGUAACGUUGCCACGCUCCUCAAUCGAGCGCCCACAAGUCUACAAGCCGAGCGCAGAGCAGAUCGAUGCUUCCUGGUCUCUGGCGGCCCAGGCUGGCUCAUGGAGGGCUUGCACUACUCUACAUCCUUUGAAAAUGGGCAUGGCCAUGUCACUGCUUUGGCUAAUGAAUUGUGAGAGCAUAAGACAUGCAUCACUUCCAGUCUUGCGAUCAACCCAGAACUGAAGGGAAGGGGAAUAAACUGGACAAGCCUGAUAGUGACAUUCACAAACAGUGGAGGAAGUCAAGUACCAAGAGAGGAGGUAUCCUUCUGCUGCCCAGGCUGGUCUCAAACUCCUGGCCUCAAGCGAUCCUCUCACCUCAGCCUCCCAAAAUGUUGGAAUUACAGGUGUGAGCCACUAUGCCAGCCCCCAUUGUCUUUCAGGCCACCGUAGGAAAUUCCAGUCACCAAGGAGGGGGCUUUGGGGCAAACCGCUCCGCUGGACUGGAGCUGACCAUCCCCGAU